AUGGAUCUCGGGGAUUCUGAGGGUGGCUUCGGUGCCGGCGAUGGAGAGCUACCCCAGAAGAAGAGGGAACUCCCCUCUGACCUUCCGCGCUCCCUCGAUGAUAGGCGACAUGUGCCGACCGAACUGGUACCAGAGACCGAGAUGUACGAUGGAUGGCAGGGGCAAUCACAGUUUUUGACAUCACCCAUGCUCGCAAAGCCCAUGACCUUUGGCGACCUGGCACUCGACGACAACUACGGCGACGACCUAACCAAGGGGGGGCCGGAAAGCGAAUCCCGCCUGAUGGAGAUGCUCGCCGCCCAGGCCGCCCACGCAGCGGGCGCCGCCUUCGAGGACGAGGACGCCAUCGCUACCGACGAAAACAGGUCGACGGAGGAGAAGAGGGAUAUACUACAAAAAACAUUCAUCAUGGCUGCGAGCAAUGGCAACGUCGACUCGGUUAACAAAAUCCUCAGCGGUAAAGCGAGGCAGUACAUUGACAUAAAUACCCCCGACGACGAGGGCACGCCAGCCCUCAUAUAUGCGAGCUGUUUUGGCCACGAAUCGGUUGUACAAGCCCUCCUCGACGCCGGGGCAGACGUCAACAAGCAGGAUCGUAACCAGUGGAGCGCCCUCAUGUGGGCCAUGACAAAUCGGCACAAGGGCAUUGCCAAAUUAUUACUAGACAACGGUGCCUCCACCGAAGCGAAGACCUCUUCGGGGAGGACAGCAUUCGACUUCGUUGCUCCCGACAGCGAUAUGUCAUUCUAUCUCAGCGGAUACGGCAUCGGGACCGCUGGGGCAGUUGACGACUUCUACAAUCCGGGAUUGAGCCAGGACAAAUUCGAGGAGGAGCUCGCCGAGAAUGAGAUGAGGCGUCGGAUGAUGAUGGAGAGUGCCCGCGACCUGGAAGUAGACCUUGGAAACUCCCCCGAAGAGCUAGAGGAAGAGCAACAGGAGUUCGAUUGGUCAAGGUGUCUCCAUGACCAAAUGUUCGUUUUUCAGGAGAACGAACUAGAUCGCAUCCUAGAUAUCGUCAUUACAAACAUGACCCCGCAGCGGUCGCCGUCGCAAAAACCGGUACCCGCAAACAUGGUUUUCCUAGGGGCACGAUACGCGCACUAUCACUCUAGCCCCGAGCUGCUGGGCAAGCUACUCAUCACCGCCAUGGCCAAGAUCAACUCCAUGGUGGAGAGGCACCAGUGGGACAUGACCAUCCUAGCAUUUUGGAUGUCGAAUGCGACCCUUUUACUACAUUACCUCAAAAAGGAUGCUGGCCUUGUCGAGGCCACCACAGAAUUCCAGGCGCAGCUCGCCGAGCUUAUCAACGAAAUAUUCAUACUAAUAGUCAGGGAUGCCGAGCGGCGGCUCGACAAAGUCCUGGACGUGGCCAUGCUGGACCACGAAACAAUACCGGGCUUCGAAGACAUAACGUUCCAAAACGAGUGGAAAAUCUUCAAGCGGAAAAAGGAGGUCAAGGAAGAGCCUCUCGAAAAGCGCGAUGCAGAUUCGCAUGAACAUAUCGACGCUCGAGGACUGGGCGCGCCAGAACAACCGUCAACCCUGAGCACUACGAGCAGGUGCUUCUCCUCCCUUGACGCCGACGACCUCGAGGCCCUCGUCGGCACCUUGCAGCAACUCAAGACCCUCACCCCGCAGCAGCUCAUCCACACCGCCACGCACUACCGACCCGAGGUCGGCGAGAAGGGUCUACCCAAGAGUGCCAUGAAGUACCUCGUCGCCAUCCAGAAAGAGGCUGCCCUCAGGAGGGAACGGAACCGUGCUGCCGCGGCCACCGCAGCCGCCUCGCCGCCCGCCACACCCGGGAAAUCUUCCAACGGCCACGCUGCGCCAGCCCAGACACCGGGCACACCCAAACCGGAAACGGCGACGACCGGGGAAGAACAAGACGACGACGACGAGGCACCGCCGAACUUGCUCUUCGAUCCCGCCCUAAUGCUACCCUUCACCCUGCCCAGCGUCACGGACAUGCUGGUGAGCUAUGGCGCCGGCUUUGGGGGGGUCAAUCGGGAGCGGGAGAGGAAGUACAUACCGACAAUCCCGGCCGAGUUCCUGGAGAAAAUUGAAGCCGGGGGAGGGCACGGUGGGGGCGGGAGUGGUGGUGGUGGUGGACAUGUGGUUGGUGGGGGCAGAAGGUAUGGGAAUGGUGAGUGGGAUGAUGAAGAUGUUUGA